AUGAAUUACACCCAGAUCAGGUUCGCCAAAGUGCCCGAUUUCGAGCAGGCCUACCGCCUCCUACCAAGCUUCGCCCACGACCAAUCCCUCGGGGAGUCCGUCAAGCAGGUCUUUAUCGAUGUGAGCCUGAGACCGUUUCGGCUUCGGCCACGGUACAGUAUACUAAGCAGAGAUGUCGAUGAUGCAGCGCCGGCCAUGGCGCGCGAAACCCACGAAGUCAUCCGCAACCUGGCGCGGGGCCUCGAGCUGGGCGAAGAAAGCACACGAAAAAUGGUGGCGGCGCUGACGUGGUGGGAAGGAUGGAUGGAGCGAGGAGCGGAUAAGAUAACCGAUGCGGAGCGCGGCUUGCUGUAUGAUGCCGCGUACACCAUCGCGGCUCUCACGCUGUCUCUCUGCCCGUGCAUCGAGACCGUCUACAUCGGCGAGCUCAACCCGGGACUGCUGGAAGAGUACCUUCUCAAGUCCAACUACGGAUUGAUACCGCGACCGGCUCUACAGCGCGUGACAAAGGUGGAAUAUCACCCCGGCGAUUGGGGAACGGCGGGCGAGUCGACGUACGACACUAUCGAGUUCAUGGACCUGUUUCGGUACUUUCACCGGCUGCCCCGGGUGGAAAGCAUCGAGGUGGCCGGCGCGGCGGAAUAUCAACCAGUGCGCAACUUAUUCCCGCCGGCCACGUCCCCGGGCAUCCGCCGCAUCGACUUUGCGCACGUCGACGUCAGCAGCGACACCAUGGCCGCCAUGAUUCGCAUCCCCGUGGCGCUCGAGGAGCUCUCCGUGUCUUACGGCGGGUGCAUGUACCCGGACUGCGGCUCGCCGAGCAUAGACCUAGCGCUGAUAGCCAAGGCGCUUCGCCAGCACAAGACAACGCUGCGGGUGUUGGACCUGGACUUGGGCCCCGCUAUUAUCUCUAUAUCGUCGAAUGACCCGGACGAAGGAAUCAAUGGACUGGACAGGCACCGCGACGCGUAUUUUCGCAUCGACGAGGAAGCUAGCUCCGGCCCGCUGCUCGCGCGCGACUUGCCUGAUGGAGAUGGUGAGCAUCCGGAGGCUGCCGCCGUGGGCGGGGAGGGUGGAUUGAAGGCAUUGAGGGACUUGGCGGCGCUGAAGAGGUUGAGCAUUAGCUUUCGUGCUUUUACGGAUGAUCCCCUCGAUCGGCGGUCGUCGUUGGGAUCGAGAUUCACGCCCCUGCAGUCGGUUCAGCUCGUGGACGCGCUGCCACCGGGUCUGGAGUACCUGUGUCUGUAUGGGUACGUCAAAGGCAAGCAUGCGGCGAUGGACGAGAUGGCGAACGAUUUAGUGAGAGAGAUAGGCCUCGGGCCGGCCGGUAGAUUGCCGAGAUUGGCGGAGGUGAAGGGUAUCGAUGAAACGGUGCCACCGGCGUUUGAUAUUGCUGAGCCCGACGACGAUGAGGCAUGGAAGCGCCCAUCGCUUCACUUGGGUUGGUGCUAG